AUGGGGGUACCUGCAUUCUUUAGAUGGCUAUGUGCUAGAAAUCCAAAGGCUUUGUUAGAGGUCUUGGAAAACUCAGAUGAAUCCUUAAUAUCAAAUAAUCCAGAUAUUGAUAAUCUAUAUUUGGAUAUGAAUGGUAUUAUUCAUCCAUGUUCUCAUCCUGACUAAGGUGGAAUUCCUAUACCAGUUACAUAUGAUGACAUGUUUGUGAAUGUAUUUCACUACAUAGAUCGUUUAGUUGAUAUUGUACGUCCAAAAGAAUUACUUUAUAUGGCUAUUGAUGGUGUAGCACCUAGAGCCAAAUUAAAUUAACAAAGAAGUUUUAAAUAUAAUUCUAUUCUAAGGUCGUAGAUUUAGAGCAGCCUAGGAAGCUGUAAGAAUUUAAAAAGAGAAGGAGCGUUUACGUGAUUAUUGGAGAACAUAAGGUUUGAAUUCUGAUACUUUAAAUACUUAUAUUGAAAAAAACUUUGAUAGUAAUUAAAUAACUCCAGGAACUGAGUUUAUGCAGAAACUUAAUAUAGCAUUGCAAUAUUAUAUUUAUGAUAGAAUGAAUAAUGUAACCUAAAUUACAUCUAAUAUAUUAGAACCCUUUAUUUAAAAAUAUUCUAAUCAUUUUUAAUGAUUCUAGUAUUCCAGGAGAAGGAGAACAUAAGAUUCUUUAAUUUGUUAGAGAUUAAAGAAAAUAAAUCAAUUAUAAAACUGUAAGACAUUGCUUGUAUGGAGCUGAUGCUGACUUAAUAAUGUUAGGUCUUAGUACACAUGAACCAUAUUUUUAUGUCAUUAGAGAAACUAUAAUGGCUAAUGAUGAUAAACAAUGCUCAAUCUGUUAAUAAAAAGGACAUUUCUUUACUGAUUGUACAAAGAGAGAAAAAGUUAUUGAUGAUUUAAAUACUGAAAUUAAGUAAUACAAUUAGAUUUAAUAACAACACAAGAAUAAAGUUAUUUAAGUUGAUUUUUAAAUAUUAUAACUCAAUCUUGUAAGAGAAUUUUUAUAUUAUGAAACAAAGGAUUUAUAAACAUCACUUAAAUUUUAUGAUUUAGAAAGAAUCAUUGAUGAUUUUGUAUUUAUGUGUUUUUUAGUCGGAAAUGAUUUUCUACCUCAUAUACCUUGUUUAAAAAUCACUGAAGGAGGUAUUGAUUGUCUACUCAUUAUUUAUAAAACAAUCCUUUCAUAAAUAGGAGAUUAUUUAACUAAUUGUGGAGAGUUGAAUCUAUAAUAAAUAAAUUAAUUUUUAUUUCAUGUUGGUUUGAUUGAAGAUGAACUUAUUAAAGGUUAAGAGAAAAAGAAGGAAAUUAUUAAAAACAGAAGAGAAAGAAAUGCAGAAUCAAAAGAAUUAAAAGUUUAGGUGCCACCUGAAUUUAGUGUAUUAGAUACUCCAAAAGAUGUUUUAUCAAAAUUCAAAUCUGCAUUAAAAGAUAAAUUGACAGAAAUAAAUCAACAAGAAAUAGAUUAAGCAUAAUAAGCAAAAUCUUCAUAAGAAUUAAAGAAAUGGAAAUCUGUGAGUUAUAAACAAAGAUAUUAUUAAGAGAAAUUUGGAAUUAAACCACAAUAAUUUAGUGAAUUCUAACAUCGUAUUAAGAUAUCUUAUUUGGAAGCAUUGGCUUGGACAUUAAAAUAUUAUUAUUAAGGAUGUGUAGAUUGGGGUUGGUUUUAUCCUUAUCAUUAUGCACCAUAUGCAUAAGAUCUGAUAAAUUUGGAUUAAUGUAUAUAUGAAUUCUCUUAGAAUACUCCUUUUAAACCAUAUUAAUAAUUAUUAGCAGUAUUACCUCCUCAAUCUGCCUAGUUUUUACCAAGACCUUAUCAAUAAUUAAUGUUAGAAAGUUAGUCUCCAAUAGCUGAUUUUUAUCCAACUGAUUUUGUGGUUGAUUUAAAAGGCAAAAAAUUUGCAUGGUUAGGAGAAGUUGUAUUACCUUUUGUUGAUGCAGAUAGAUUAAUUAAAGCAAGUAAUUUAGGUGUCACUUUAUCUAAAUUAGAAUAAGAAAGAGAUAGAUUAGGAUAAACAUUAAUUUUUAGUCUUAAAAAACAUGAACUAUUUAAUUUCUAAUUAUGCCAUAUCCAAGUUUAAGUUGAAUGGUUACCUCGUUUCCCUGUUGGAAGUGAAAUCAAAUCACCUAUUCCAACUAUGGGAAAUAUUCCUAAUAAUUAAAUUAUUAGUGGAGCUUUGUUAAAAACUAUUGUUGAAAAUGAUCCCUAAUUUGUUUAAAAUUAAAUAAGGAAAGGAACUAUUAUGCCACCAGAAUUCUUAGAUGAAUAUUAUAUUAAUUAAUGUGAGUUAAAUAAAAGAUCUUUUGGAGGAGAAACAGUCAGAAGAAUAAUUUAUCAAAUCUUAGGUAUCAAAUAAGUGAGGAGAUAAGAUAGAUAAUAAGAUGAUAUUGAUUAAAUUAAAAAAUAAAUAAAGUUAUGAU